AUGGCAUCGGGUGUCCUCACUGGGUACAUAUCAAAAUAUACAGUUUCUAUAGAUACCGCAACAUCCGACUUGGCGGCUGCUCAAGCUAUGAGUGUAAUCGGGUUUCUGGUUGGAAUUUCGGCUGUUGUUUUGAUUGUGCUGUUUGUGGUGAUGAAUAAACCUGUUUUAAGAUUAGUCGGUUUAAUUGCCAGCUUCGUAGCAGCUGGUUUCAUUUUGAUCGGUGUGAUAGUUGUUGGAGAUUUUAAUAAUGGUUUUUAUGAUGUGGGAUGGGCCAUGAUAAUGGCGAUUCUAGGUGGCUUGCUGUAUGUUGGAACUGGGAUCGUUCUAGUUGUAGACUUGGUGAAGAAAUAA